CUCGACGAUCCUAUCUGGCCUCGUGUGUCCGGAUUUGUCCGUGUCCUGAUCUUUCUGCUUGUUCUCCAUCUCCUUUAUCUUCUUCUCUAUCUUCUCCGUCUUCUUCUGCCUCUUCUCCAUCUUCUUCUGCUUCUUUUCCAUCUUUUUCUCCAUCUUUUUUUUUUGCUUUUUCUCCAUUUUGCUCCGCGCCUUUUUCUCCGCCUUCUUCUUCUGGGAGUGCUCCCUUGUGAAAGCCUGCCAUGAAUCCAUGAGGGUGAAAUGACCUCUCCCUGACCAAGAGCCUUCAAUAGACCCAUUUUGCGUUUCUCGUAGUUCUCGGUAGGACCAGCAGUUGCUCUCUUGCUUCGCCUCCUCUCGUUGCGAUCAGGUGGAGCUGUGAUCUUGUGGUGAGCAUUCCAGGCUCGCUUCGCAGACAGCAGGUAAGACUCCAGACUGCUAUUCGUUUCUAAUUUGCGUUCGAAGAGAGUGGCGUCCGAGGUUUUGAUGUCAAUUAGAUCCUUGGAUACGACCACGCCGUACUCUUUGCUGAAGCACAGCACAGUCUGGGAGUUAAGCUUCCCGUUCUUCAUACUGUUCUUGAAUCCAAUUGAAAGCUGCCAUGGAGGCUUGUGGGUGCUCAUCACAAUGUCUUUGCAAUCUUCCUUCCCAAUCUUCUUGCCCACCAUGCUUGGAGGGAGAGACAUAGUAACGACUUGGAUGAAAGAGAAAGAGACUUGGAUGAUUCCGGUAGUAGCGCGGGGUAGAGACAGAAGAAUUCACAUGUGUAUGAGCACAGUGUUGGUAGCAACAGUCGAAGAGGGAUUGUACUACCUAACCUACAACGCAUUAAUGUUUUUCCGUGACCGCCCACAACAAUUGACUGCAACUUCAUUAAGCACUUGAGUACUUAAGUAGGUACCGAUAACACCCACUUUCUCACUUCACGCAGAGUUGAUGUUACUUCGUGCGCUCGGACCACUCAUAAGCGUAAUACCCAAGUACGGUUUUACAGGUCUUCUUCUCUUUCUUUCUCCUCCUUACUCCUUACUUCUACCACCUACUACGAGCUCAGACUUUGCAGGAGUCAGAAUACCAUACAAAAUGGUAGGUUCCAGCAGGUCUUCCAAAGCCCCCAAUACUGCCGCAGAUGGCAAAUCUGGCAACAAGCGCAAGAAGAUGACCGGCGAGGUUGAAGGCAACAACAGCCAUGCGGCAGACGGCCAAGUUGCCCGUAAACGCCAGAAGACCCAACAAGCUGCCGACAGCAACAGCAACAGCAAGGCUGACCCAAGCAAGCUAGCAAAGACCAAAGAUGGAUCCACUGCAACCUCUGACGGUCAGUCUAGCGUGCAGGACAAGAAUGACAAGGAGAACGCGUCCAACAAGAAGAAGGUCAAGAAUCCUAAACCAGUGACUAAGGCACAGCUAGCCGACCUUUGGAAACAAGUGAAGGAGUUGGAGAAGCGCAGGGAUGCCUAUCGUGUCUACCACCGUAUCCUUACAUACAAAGAUAGGUGA